UGGCGCGGGCUGAACGGGUGCUGCGACCCGGGGCUUACUGGAGCAGGGCGGGCGUGAGAUCGAGGCGCAUGUGGCGGGUCUCGCGGGCGGGCGGCGCGCCCCGGAACGCCAAGACGGCGCGUGAGGGUCCCGGCUGCUUUGUUCUCCAGGCCUCCUUUGAAGACUGUGCUACUGGUCUCGCUUUGGGUCUUGGCGGGUCAGUUAACCUCAGUGAGCGUCUCCUUUAGCUUGUCUUCCUUGGCUGCCCUGUGACACCUGCAGGCCUACAUCAUGGACUUCCAGCACCGCCCAGGAGGCAAGACAGGCAGCGGGGGCGUGGCCUCCUCCUCCGAGAGCAACCGUGACCGCAGGGAGCGCCUCCGGCAGCUGGCACUGGAGACCAUUGACAUCAAUAAGGAUCCGUAUUUCAUGAAAAACCAUCUGGGGUCCUAUGAGUGCAAGCUCUGUCUAACGCUUCACAACAACGAGGGGAGUUACCUGGCACACACCCAGGGGAAGAAACACCAGACCAACCUAGCCCGGCGAGCAGCCAAGGAGGCCAAGGAGGCCCCUGCCCAGCCAGCACCUGAGAAGGUCAAGGUGGAAGUGAAGAAGUUUGUGAAGAUCGGCCGCCCUGGCUACAAAGUGACCAAGCAGAGGGACACCGAGAUGGGCCAGCAGAGCCUCCUAUUCCAGAUUGACUACCCUGAGAUCGCCGAGGGCAUUAUGCCCCGCCACCGCUUCAUGUCUGCCUACGAGCAGAGGAUCGAGCCCCCGGACCGGCGCUGGCAGUACCUGCUGAUGGCUGCGGAGCCCUACGAGACCAUCGCCUUCAAGGUACCUAGCAGAGAGAUUGAUAAGGCCGAAGGCAAGUUCUGGACCCACUGGAACCGGGAGACCAAGCAGUUCUUCCUCCAGUUCCACUUCAAGAUGGAGAAGCCCCCUGCUCCACCUAGCCUCCCAGCAGGCCCCCCUGGGGUGAAGCGACCCCCACCCCCGCUGAUGAAUGGGCUGCCCCCUAGGCCACCGCUGCCUGAGUCUCUGCCCCCGCCUCCACCAGGAGGCCUGCCACUGCCCCCUAUGCCCCCCACUGGGCCUGCACCCUCUGGCCCCCCUGGGCCUCCCCAGCUGCCUCCUCCAGCUCCUGGGGUCCACCCCCCAGCACCAGUGGUCCAUCCUCCCACAUCUGGGGAACACCCCCCAGCUCCAGGGGUCCACCCUCCAGCACCAGUGGUCCAUCCCCCCACAUCAGGGGUCCAUCCCCCAGCCCCAGGAGUUCACCCUCCAGCUCCUGGAGUCCAUCCUCAGGCCCCUGGGGUUCACCCACCAGCUCCAGGGGUACAUCCUCCCCCAACAGCUGGGGUCCAUCCACAGGCCCCAGGAGUGCACCCACCUGCUCCUGCAGUACACUCCCAGGCCCCUGGGGUGCAGUCCCCUGCCCCUGGGAUUCACCCGCAGGCUCCAGGGGUCCACCCCCAACCUCCUGGGGUUCAUCCUGCAGCUCCUGGAGUGCACCCCCAGCCUCCUGGAGUUCACCCUUCCAACCCCGGGGUGCACCCCACUCCCAUGCCUCCAAUGCUGAGGCCUCCGCUCCCCUCCGAGGGCCCAGGCAACAUUCCUCCCCCUCCCCCAACCAACUGAGGAGCUGCCCCUCCCUGUUCUGUGUCUGGCUGUGUUCUGUAUUUUCCCAGAGAGAAGACCUCAGCUUUUGUACUGGCCCCAGAGCCUAUUAAACAGCCUCCCCCGUG